AUGCAUCUUAUCACCUCAAGUCUCUUCCUUUCACCCAUGUUGCCUUACCUGUCGCAAAACUCGCAAGUUAUUUUACUUCGCGGAUACUUUGCAUCGACUAUUGAAUGGUCGAUUACAUACGGCGUCCCUGGACUGGACAUCCAAGGCUUCCUCAACCACACUUCGCAUCUUUCGUCGGAGGCCAGGGUCCCAAACCCAUUCCUCGACAUUGUUCAGUCUGCAACAACGCACCCAAACGAUCGUAUGUCGAAGAUUCAGUACGGCUUUGCGUAUUUCUCUUUAGUUUAUAGCGCACGGCCCAAGGGCUAUUUCAAGGAUACGGAACUGCAGGGCGCAGAAGCGCUAGAUGAAUGGCUCUCCCUUAAGGCCGCGAGAUUGACUGAGGAGUAUAUGAGCGAGGUCACGACGUCCUGGAGUCAAGAGGGAUUUCCUGCAAGAGAUUAG